GCAUAAAACAGCAACAGAAACGACCAAACCACCGCACUAACAAACUCAACAUGAAAACCACCACCCUUGAAACGAAACGCUGCUAUAUAUCUGCUUCUUUUAUACGACCAAGUUGAGCAUAAAAUCCAAUCCAUCUCCGCAAUAAUACCCGCAAGAGGAAGCAUAGACCCUCCAUUCUCUUACUUACUUACUCCUACUACUACUACGAAGAAGGUUUAGUUAGUUUGGUUGGGUUUUCCGUUUUCGGAGUGAAAGUAGCGAGUAAAACUGUACGGGCGAAACCCACCACCCGGAUUUCGGAGUUUUUUCUCUCUCUCGACUAGACUACGAGGUUGAGGGUGGAGUCUACCGCAUCGACCCAGUUUUCUUGACUUUAAUAUUUGGAUGACAUUCACCACCCUAAUUCACCUUGCUCCUCCGUCGUCGAAGUCGUCGUCGUCGUCGACCAGAGAACAAAAAAAGAAAGGGAAAGAAAACUGACCAACAUUCCGUUUAGAAUAAUUUACUGAAAUGGAAGCGUGGAGAAAGUAAAAUAUUAGCAGCGUGCCAAUUUAUGCGGUUCCACACCUCAAUCCAAAACCACUCUGCUAAACAAAUAAAAAGAGGACGUAUAUUAAGUACAAAGAGUAUUUUAUAAGAGUGGAUGGAUCGCAUUGCAGACAGAGUAAAAAGUUAAGUAGUAGAUACACACGGGGCGAGAACGGUGUCAAGAACAAUAUAAAUAUUAUAUUUGGGACAAAGAGAAAGAAUAGAAUAAUCGUGUAAGUUUGAUAAAAGAAGAGAGGAAACAAUUACAAGUUGCUGUCAGAACGGGACAAAAUGUUGGACAAUAGUCGAUGGGAUCCGGUACUGUCCAAGCUUCUCGUUUCUCUGGAGGAGUCACGCCGCUCCUUGCCGACCGGAUGUGAGGAAGAGGUCUCAUUUCUCAGUGACUUACUCCAAUCACGGGAACUUCACGCCCUCGUCAAAGUGCACAACUCGAUCGAACCACUGCAAAAGGAUGACAGAUUUUUCCCACUGCUCUCAAAUGUGGUCGAAGUAACGGAGGAAGUCUUAGGAAUUUUAGCAAGAGAAGUAUCAAAUUCUGAAGAAAAUCCCGAAGCUGCCGAGGUGUUCGAACUAUUACAAAAUCCGCACAUUCAAGGAUUACUUUAUUCGCACGAUAUAAUUGCACAAAAAGAUUAUUUACCGAAACUCCCUGAAAUUCCUACCGAAGUCCUACAAGAGGAUGAAGAAGAAGAAACUAUAAAAAUUGUUCAAUUGGUUAAAUCUUCGGAACCUUUGGAUGGGGCCAGAACUGCUGAGCCAAUCGUGGGUGCUACAAUAAGAAAGGAUGACGAGACGGGGAAAAUUCUUAUUGCCCGAGUCAUGCACGGUGGUGCUGCACAUCGUUCCGGUUUAAUAUUUCCUGGCGAUGAGGUCAUUGAAGUGAACGGAUUGACAACCGAGGGCAAAACACCAGACGAUGUUCUUCAAAUUCUUAAACAAUCCGAAGGUACCAUCACGUUCAAAUUGGUACCCUGCGACUCGGGUCGAUUAAAGCGUGAAAGCAAAGUCCGAGUCCGUUGUUUGUUCGAUUAUCAGUCAAAAGAUGAUCCCCACAUUCCUUGUGAAGAUGCCGGGUUAGAUUUUAAAAAGGGAGACGUUCUUCACAUCGUUAGCCAGGAUGAUGUCUACUGGUGGCAAGCCCGCCGAGAGGGUGAUCGAACCAUGCGUGCCGGACUAAUCCCUUCGAGAUCCCUGCAAGAAAAACGGAUCCUGAUGGUGCGAACCAACAAUCCAGAAGCAUAUGCCAAUUGCGUGCCUUGCAAACCCUUGAAUGAAGUUGGAAAUGGGGAAUGCUCUAACAAAAAUAGCAAAAAAAUUGGCUACGAUAUUCAACAACAUGACGACUACGAUCGAGAGGAUAUCCCAACAUAUGAAGAGGUCGCAAAACUCUAUCCACGCCCAGGUCAUCAUCGCCCCAUCGUUUUAGUCGGACCACCUGGCGUGGGCCGAAACGAACUGAAACGACGCCUCACAGAUUUGGAUAAUAACAAAUACAACACCACCAUUCCAUUCACCUCUCGACCCCAACGUCCCGGAGAAACUAACGGAAAGGACUACUGUUUCGUGACCAGAGAGAAAAUGGAGGAGGAUAUCCAAUCAGGUCGUUUCAUCGAGUUUGGCGAAUACAAGGGGAACUUGUACGGAACGGCGUGCGAGACGGUGCGGUCCGUCAUAAAUGCGGGUCAAGUCUGCGUUCUAAACCCUCACUCCCAAGCACUCAAGAUGUUACGCACUCCUGAGUUCAAACCUUACAUAAUCUACGUCAAACCCCCUCCAGAAUUCGAGGUACUCAAGCAAUCCCGUCAUAAUUAUAACGCCAAGUCAACCUUUGACGAGAGCAACUCUCGAGCUUUCAACGACGACGAAUUCCACGAAAUUCUAAAGAGUGCUCAGAAGAUUGAAUUCCACUAUGGACACUGGUUCGACGAGACCUUAAUCAACGACGACCUGCCCAAAGCGUUUGAACGUUUGGUAAAAAUUGUGAAGAAGGUCGAGAACGAGUCACUUUGGGUGCCUGCUUCUUGGGUGCAAUAAUUAAUUAGUUCUACACAACAAAUUGUCAUCAUCACGUUCUUCUAUAUUGAUUCCUACUACAACUGAAACCGGGACAAUUUCAAUACUAAAAUAACAUUUAAAGUAAUAAUCACCACACCAGAUAUCUUCAUCAUUCCUAGUAAUAAUUAGUAAUUUAAAUAUGCAACUAAUUAAGAACUCUCACUCAGUUAGGUUUAUCAAUUUUCAUAAUCUCUGAAAUCUAUUUCAUUCAUUUUUUUUUCUUUUUAAGUGGUUAAUUUAGACAAUAUGACCUCGACCAAUGAGAUAUUCAAUAUCAUAUCAAAGGGGCGGACAGAACAGAACUGAUUUGUAAUAAUUUAUUCUUAGCAAUACCUUGUUGCAUUUUUAAAGUCACGAACGUCAGAUAACCCUGCGUAUUUCACUUUUAGUUAGGUAAUUUAUUUCAUCGACAAAUGACAAAUGGGGCUACAAUUUUACGGUAUAAAUUGUUAGCAACAUUCAAUACUCCAUGAUUUCUAGGUUCAGUUAGAGCGUUCUGAACUGGUCUUUAUUUGAUGAGGGAGAAAGGCAGAGGUAAAUAGGGGUAGCAGUUUUAUUGUAUGAAAUUGACUACCCAAAAUUCUCGUAAAACUGCAUAAUUUGAUAGCUAGGCCCAGUCAGAGCCUUCUGAACUGGUCUUGAUUUGAUGAGGGAGAAACGCAGCGACACUUUACGGUUCAAUUUAACGGUAUAAAAUUGAGUACUCCCAAUCUUUAGUUUUAAAAAUGUCAGUUUUAUAGCCAGGUCAAACUAGAGCGUUCUGAACUGGUCUUGAUUUAAUGAGGGAGGGAGGAGGUCGGCCCACGUUAAAAAAGUAUUAACGUAUAGAUUGGGUAUAAACGAGUAAUUUAAAUUCCAAUUAAAAAUGUGGAGUUCAGUCUCCUAAAAUGAUGAUCACAUACAAACAGUUUUACCUGAAGCCAUAAUUAUGUGAUGACAUUAGGUAUUGACAUUACAUCCGCAAAAUGAAUUAAAUCAGACGUAUCUCAACAUAAAAUAUUACUUGUCAGGUUGUCAACUAUAUCUGCGACGGCAAAAGCCUUUCCAUAGCUCUAGACGGUAUGGGGGGGGGGGGGUCGUACGUCAAAUAACUCUAGGUAUACAUAUUCCCAAAAUUGCGUCACCCCACGUUAAACACUAUUUUUCUUGUAUUAUAAAAUCACGUCUAUCUUCACAGCACUUUUUCCACUCCCUCUGAAAUAAUGUCGCACAGUAUUCGAUAUUAUUGAUACGAUUUUAGCAGACUUCCACAAUGUUCACAUAAAAGAAAAUACGACGAUGUAGGUUUUAUAAGAGUCUCUGCGACGGCAAAAGCCUUUCCAUAGCUCUGCCGUUUGUCCGGGAUGAGGGGUGGGACUCGACUCCCGUAAGAUGACCCCCCAUUCCGGGUUGUUGUUAAACAUUGGUCCACGUCGUCGUUAAACAUUGGUCCGCGUCGUUAUGAAACAUUGGUCCACAUUGUCUGCUGCAGUACGAUAAUUUUCGUACUGCAGGUAUCGUAUCGAUAUCAUGUUGCUGCAUCACCGUUUAAUUAAUCAUAUUUUUUAAAUAAUGUUAAAGUUUUGAAAAAAUUAUCGUAUCAAUUGCACCAAAUAUACUACGCAGUUCUGUUCUGAUCCACCUUCAUUCAAGUAUAACGUCGAGGUUAGUUUUAAUUUUAAAAUGAGCUGCCUUAUUCUACGUAGCUGUUAAUUAAUUUACUUGCCUUGGUACUCUCUUUGUUGUCACUUUGUUAUUAGAAAAGGUCAGGUCAUACGAAAUACUAUUAGGUUUGUAUUCUCAGCAGAGGAAAAAUAUUUAUUCAAUAUCACAAUAAUUGCCUACUUUUUUGAUACAUGUUAUAUUUAUUUUUUACUAGAUUGAAUUUAUUUUUGAUUGUUAUUUCAAUUUUAAAAGCAAUUUUAUUACCUCAAAUUAGUAAGUAUUGAAUUGUUACAAAUAUCAUCGUAAAGACAUCGUUAUUAUUAUUUGUUAUCAUGUAAUAUGAAACUUAUGUGAGAUCGACUUUAAGGGAUUUAUUUUAUGAUCUUAUGAAAUGACAUUACCCGAAGAAAGUAAAAAGAAUUCAAUAAAUGAUCAGUGAAAAUAAUACGUA